UCCCAUCUGCCAAGUCUGUGCUUUACGGCCAAGGACUUGCAAACGGAACAUACGCAACUCCCGCGGCCCGCCGCCGGCAGUCGUUCUGGGCGGCGCAGUCCGCUCAUCUGGAGGGACAAGGUUCCAGACACCUGGCUCGCUUUUUAAACUUUGGCAAAAGCCUCCGAAACUCCGCCCACAUGAAAAGUCACGUGGAUGGUGAAUAGUCACGUGCAUAUCCAGGACUCGCACUGACAUCACCGUGCUGGUUCACCUCAUUGUCGACAUGAACACACAAAAUGUCAUUGACAGAGGCAAGCAAGAUAAAGGCCAUUAUAGUGCCUGGAAAUGGUUGUGACGACGUCCGGGACUCUGUCUUUUAUGACUGGCUUGCCCAACGCAUCCGUCCAUUAUUUCCAGGUGGAGUCAUUUUACGUGACUUUCCUGACCCGUAUGUUGCUAGAGAGUCCAUUUGGAUACCAUUUAUUCUCAAUGAACUCGGGUGUGAUGAGAAUACCGUAUUGAUUGGGCAUUCUAGCGGGGCGAGUGCGAUUAUGAGAUUGCUUGAAUAUCAUAAAGUUUUGGGGGCUGUUCUUAUAUCUGCUGCUUUGACAGAUCAAGGAAUUGAAAAUGAGCGAGCGUCCGGCUAUUAUUCCCGCCCAUGGCAAUGGUCCGCCAUGACCAAGAAUGCCAAAUUUAUCAUCCAAAUAUCAUCUGAAGACGACCAUCUGGUCCCCAUCGAUGAACAGCGGACUGUCGCCAAGGGACUUGGUGGAGAUGUCGAAUAUGUGGAAUUCAAGGAUAUGGGGCAUUUCUUAAUGUCUGAAGUACCACAGAUUGCCCAAGUCAUUGAGCGUAAGAUGAAAACAUUGGAGUAGAAUGAAUAGUGUGCUGCCUGUUCAUGUACAAGUAGGAGGUAGACCUUUACAAAUAUACCCAUUGCUAGCCAA